GGCCGCCGAGCGCAGCCUGCCCAGCGGCGGGAGCCGAGCGCGGCGGCGGCGGUGCGCGCGGAGGGAGAGAAGGCAGGGAGGCAGGGCCGAGUCGAGCCGAGCCGAGCGGAACGCGCCGGCCACAGGCGGCCGCCGCCAGGAUGCUCCGGCCCGCGGGCCGCUCCGCCGCCAGCCGUCUUCGCUGUUCCCGGCGGCCCGCGCUCGACCCGGGGACGCGGGAGCCACAGCCGGAGCUGGAGGCUGGAGUAGCGAGCAGGCGCCCCAGGCUCCCGAACGCAGGAUGCUCGUCGUCCCUGGUGUCCCCGGGCUCCCAGGUGUGAGGGCUGCUGCUCCGAGCCGAGGCCUGACUCUAAAGACGAUGCCCCAGCCGCCCGCCAGCUCCCGUCUGCACCAUGAGUGAUGAGCGGCGGCUGCCUGGCAGCGCGGUGGGCUGGCUGGCGUGCGGAGGCCUCUCCCUGCUGGCCAACGCCUGGGGCAUCCUCAGUGUGGGUGCCAAGCAGAAGAAGUGGAAGCCACUGGAGUUCCUGCUGUGCACGCUCGCAGCCACCCACAUGCUCAAUGUGGCGGUGCCCAUCGCCACCUACGCCGUGGUACAGCUGCGGCGACAGCGCCCCGACUACGAGUGGAACGAGGGCCUCUGCAAGGUCUUCGUCUCCACCUUCUACACCCUCACCCUGGCCACCUGCUUCUCCGUCACUUCCCUCUCCUACCACCGCAUGUGGAUGGUCCGCUGGCCCGUCAACUAUCGUCUGAGCAAUGCCAAGAAGCAGGCGGUGCACACGGUCAUGGGCAUCUGGAUGGUGUCGUUCAUCCUGUCGGCCCUGCCUGCUGUCGGCUGGCAUGACACGAGCGAGCGGUUCUACGCCCACGGCUGCCGCUUCAUCGUGGCUGAGAUUGGCCUGGGCUUCGGCGUCUGCUUCCUGCUGCUGGUGGGCGGCAGCGUGGCCAUGGGCGUGGUCUGCACGGCCAUGGCCCUCUUCCAGACACUGGCUGCACAGGUGGGGCACCGCGCUGACCGCCGCGCCUUCACUGUGCCCACCAUCGUGGUGGAGGACGCGCAGGGCAAGCGGCGCUCUUCCAUCGAUGGCUCUGAGCCCGCCAAGACCUCGCUGCAGAUCACGGGCUUGGUGGCCACCAUCGUCGUCAUCUACGACUGCCUCAUGGGCUUCCCCGUGCUGGUGGUGAGCUUCAGCAGCCUGCGGGCAGACACCUCAGCGCCCUGGAUGGCACUGUGUGUGUUGUGGUGCUCGGUGACCCAGGCCCUCCUGCUGCCCAUAUUCCUGUGGGCCUGUGACCGCUACCGUGCCGACCUCAAGGCCGUCUGGGAGAAGUGCAUGGCCCUCAUGGCCAAUGAGGAGGAUUCGGACGAUGAUUCCAGCCUGGAGGGUGGCAUGCCCCCGGACCUGGUGCUGGAGCGCUCCCUCGACUACAGCUGUGGGGGUGAAUUUGUGGCCCUGGACAGGGUGGCCAACUAUGAGUUCUCCCUGGAGGGGGGCCUGCCCCAGUUCUACCCGAUGCGGCCCUUGCAGGAGGACAAGAUGCAGUACCUGCAGGUCCCGCCCACACGACGCUUCUCUCACGACGAUGCGGACGUGUGGGCUGCCAUCCCGCUGCCCACCUUCCUGCCACGCUGGGUCUCCGGUGAGGACCUGGCUGCCCUGGUGCUGCCCGCCGGGCCCGACCGGGGCCACGACAGCCUGCUGGCCUUCGCGGAGGACGCGCCCCCAUUUCGCGCGCGCCGCCGCUCGGCCGAGAGCCUACUGUCGCUGCGCCCCCCGGCCCUGGAUGGCGGCCAGUGCCGUGCCCGUGACUCGCCCCCCAGCAGCCCGCGCCGUCGCUCUGGGCCUGGCGCCCGCUGCGCCUCGGCCUCGCUGCUGCCUGACGCCUUCGCGCUGACGGCCUUCGAGCGCGAGCCGCAGGCCCUGCGCCGCCCGCCUGCCCCGCCGCUGCCCUUCCCCUCGCGCGCCUCCGCCGCUCCUGACAGCGCCCCGCCGGCCGAGGACGCGGCGCCCCCUGGUGGCGCCGGCUCGCAGCCAAGCCCCGGGCCGCGCCCCGCCACGCAUGGGCACGCCGGACCUCUGCGGACGGGCCUCAGCGCGUCGUGGGGCGAGUCCGGGGGCUUGCAUGCAGCAGGCGGCGGCAGCAGCACCAGCAGCUUCCUGAGCUCGCCGUCCGAGUCCUCGGGCUACGUCACGCUGCACUCAGACUCACUGGGCUCGGCGACCUAGGGGCCGCCCGUGGGGCCGAAGCACCAAAGAUGCCACUAUCCCAGCCGGGCCGGGACAGGGCCUCACUGAGCCCGCCCUUGGCGCCCGGCCGUGUGCCAGCUCUCCCGGGGAGGCAGGGCGCAGCAUUGUUGCCUCCAGGAAGUGGGCGUUGCCUGUCGAGGCGACUGCUGCUCUGGACCAUAGGCUGGGCACUUCAUCUCUGGGGCAGAGAGAGGCUGCGCUUGGGUAAAGGUGGGCUCUGCAUGUGCCCAGCCCCGGAGUAGCUGGGUUGGGACACGGGAUGGUGGUGAGCCUGAAGACAGGGCCACCACCAGAUGGAACAAAGCGCGGCUCUGCAGGAGGGAAGCCACUGGACCACACCCGGCUUUCCACUCUGCACUAAAACUCUCUCACCUCAGAAGGUGGGGUACAGAGGGUCUCUAAGUAUAGGGGACUUCAGAGCCCAAACAAGCUCAGAGCAGGUCUCCCUGCUGACCGGUUCUGCCUCGGUGUCCCCAUCUGUGACAAGCAGGUGACCAUGUUAACUCUCAGGACUGUUUGAAGAAGUCUGCUGGUCCAUGUGCCCUGGCCACUGAGUGGCGUGGACAUGAGAGGUAGUCUAGGACCCUCCGUGGGUCCUUUCUGGAUAUGUCUUCAGCGUGUGGCCUGGUGUGGCCCCAGGCCUGAGGCCGCCCACUCUCAGUGCCCCUGGCCCCCUUGGGAACUCGAUGGACACCCCAGCUAAAGCACAACACUUUUGCAUCGUCACCAUGGCCCCACACCCACCUUGACCACUGUUAGUGUCCCCACUCUCAUCCCUCCAUCAUUGUCUGUGAGCCGCCUCUGUGACUCCCACCAUGAAGAUAUGGGUACACGGU